GAAAAUUCAGAAAUCAAACAGCUUCAGAGGCUCCUCAGACAUCAGACCUCAAUCAACAUGAGCAAACACGACUGGGUUCCUACUUUAUGGUUGGACUUGUUUGAAAAACUGCUGAAUGAUGACAAAGGGCUGGACAAUGGAGACAAGUGGACUCUCAACUUUAACUACAGUCAGACAGACAAAGUGACCAAAGAGGAGAAGAAGAGAGAGUGGAGAGUGUGCUCCUACCAUGCCCAUGGAAGAUUUAAGUGUAGAUCCUGCAACAAGACCUGGCCUUCUGCACGUGUGGGGUUAUUGUUUCGAUACCGGCUACGGGGUCAUCGUGGCAUUGUGAUGAUGAGACCUUUUGGUCAGGCCUGUCGGGAUUGUGACGAUAACAAGUUUUACCUCCCGGGGUUUGAAAUGGAAAAUGUAGAGCAUGCUUUGCUCAAGCUAUUUAAAAAAAUCCGGGAGAAAUGCUAUGGUGAGAAGGCUGACAAAUUUAAGCCAAAAUCUACUAAAGUGCUCACCAAACCCCAUGAGACAGAACUGUGUGAAGCCUGUCUUAUGGGUUUUUGCUGCCAGGCUGAUAAAUUUUAAAAAUGUAUGUGUGCAUGUCUGUCUGAGAGAGAUUGUUCUACUUAUGUAUUUUUGUUGUUUGUUAGUUAUUUGUAAUUGUUUAAUUGUAUUUUCUGGACAUGUGUAAACUUUAUUUACAGGACAAUCUUUGUUUUUGAAGCACUAAUUAUUUCCUUAAUUAUGCUUAAGUAUAAUAAAUAUGUACUGUACAUUUAAUUAGUUUUUGUAUAUAUAGCUAAUAAUCUUUAUUUUAUACUGCUGUGUGUUCUUUUGUUUUUAUUAAUCAGUGUUCCAGAUAUGUGUGUUCACUUUUGCAUGUUGGCAAAUUACCAUUUUAAAAAAGUUCAUUAAUGCUGACCAUUUAUGUUCUAUAUUGUGAAUGUUUAUAUAUAUAUAUAGUUUAUUUCCACGUGUAAAAAGGCAGUAUGUAUACUUUUAAUUCUAACAUUUUAUGUAUUUGUACAUAAGCAAACUGCCACAUUUUCUUUUAGAGGUGCUCACACAUGCAGCUAAUCAGUUAGGUUAUACUGAGAAGCUUAUUUGAUAUCCAGCACAUUUUUCUAACCCUCAUAUUUCCCAUGGAAGCUGCAAGAGUGUAGUUAAUAUUGCACAGGAUGCUUUUGUAAUAUAUAUAUAUAUAUAUAUAU